UGAACCCUUUUCGACGUGGGAUCAGUUCCCUGCCAGUUGCAUUUUGUUAGCCGGUUCGAAUUGAGCUGUAGAAGUCGGUUCCAAGACAUUUUACGGAGCAGGAAAUCACAGGAGAGUGAGGGCAGCGGGACAGAGGCUUAAGAGAGGGCGAGUUCUGGCUGUAACACCCACCGGGGGUAGUUGCCUAGGGGGCUGUCAUAAUUGGUACAAGGGGGAGGAAGGGAUAUCUAGUCUUUGGUACAUCUACUGACACUACUUAGGGAGCACUUUCGGGGAGCCAUCACAAUGAAACUCGUUUGCAAAGAUAUUAUCGAGAAAGACAAUGCUGGUCAGGUUACCCUGAUCCCAGAGGAAGCUGAAGACAUGUGGCACACCUACAACCUUCUGCAGAUUGGCGAUAGUCUGCGUGCCUCUACCAUCAGGAAGGUGCAGACAGAGUCAUCUACCGGCAGUGUUGGCAGUAACCGAAUCCGUACCACCCUCACAAUAUGUGUUGAGACCAUUGAUUUUGAUACUCAGGCCUGCCAGGUUCGAGUGAAGGGAACAAAUAUUCAGGAGAACGACUAUGUGAAGAUGGGUGCAUAUCAUACCAUUGAACUGGAACUGAACCGCAAGUUUACACUGGCCAAAAAGGUGUGGGACAGUGUGGUGCUUGAACGAAUUGAUCAAGCGUGUGACCCUGCCCAAAAAGCUGAUGUAGCUGCAGUGGUCAUGCAGGAGGGUCUGGCAAACAUCUGCCUGGUGACCCCAAGCAUGACACUUCUCCGAGCCAAAGUUGAAAUGACCAUCCCAAGGAAGCGGAAAGGCAACUGUUCCCAGCAUGAUAAGGCUCUGGAACGGUUCUAUGAAGCAGUCAUGCAAGGAAUUCAGCGACACAUCAGCUUUGAUGUGGUAAAGUGUGUGCUGGUUGCCAGCCCUGGCUUUGUCCGAGACCAGUUCCUUGAGUACAUGUUCCGUCAAGCAGUGAAGUUGGAUAUCAAACUUCUGAUGGAGAACCGGUCCAAAUUUAUACAAGUCCAUUCCUCGUCAGGGCACAAGUAUUCACUCAAAGAGGUUCUGAGUGACCCGUCUAUCACUGCUAGGCUAGCUGAUACCAAGGCAGCCGGAGAGGUGAAGACAUUGGAGGAUUUUUACAAGAUGUUGCAACAUGAACCUGACCGAGCUGUCUAUGGUAUUAAACAAGUAGAGAAGGCAAAUGAAGCCUUGGCAGUUGACAUCCUGAUGGUCACAGAUGAACUCUUCAGACAUCAAGAUAUGCAGACAAGGACACGUUACGUGAAGCUUGUGGACAGUGUCAGAGACAAUGCUGGAACUGUGAGGAUCUUCUCCAGUCUGCAUGUAUCAGGAGAGCAGCUGGGCCAGCUCACUGGAGUGGCAGCUAUCUUGAGAUUCCCUGUACCUGGCCUUGAUGAGGAGGAAGAGGAAGUCUGGAGUUCAGAUGAAGAUUGACAACGGGGCAUCUGUAAAACAGACAUCUUGAACAGACUUGGACUUUACUGCCGUAUACCUGUGCACCUUGGGGGGUAGCUGUCUAAAUGUUUUGUCAGCUGCAUUAAAAACAUGGCAAAAAAAUCAA